AUGCACGCCAGCGUCCGGGAGAGGCUCCGUCGGGAAGGCCGUGCCCUGAGGGGAGACCUCGCAGCCGCCGGGGACAGUUCUAGAAAUGACGAGGUUGGGGGGAGUGGGCUGCCAGACACGCCGCAGACAGAGGCAAGUCUGUGUGGGCCACGCGGAGGAGACAGGCGGCGCCCUCGGGCCUCCGAGUCACCCGCUUUCCCGCCUGAGCAGCCUCAGGCGGCCUUCCGGUGGGACCUGGCACCGCCUGUCCCGAGAAAGCUGCCUGUCCUGAGGAAGCCGAGGCGCUGCUUCCUACAGGAGGGCGCUCCCUGCGGCCUGAGCCGCACAGCCGGCUGCGCCCACUGCCUCAGCACCCUCGGAGACCAGAUCCUGAGACACCAGACCCUGAAACCCCGCUCCCCCCAGACCCCCGGAGACCAGACCCUGAGACCUCGCCCCGCUCCUCAGAGUCCAGACCCUGAGACCCCGGCCCCCGCAGACCAGACCCUGAGACCCUGGCCCCCCCGCUUCCCGGAGACGGGACCCUGA